UCCUGACCCAGAUUCCAAGCUUCUCGCUCCCCCUGACGCUCGCGACCCCUGUGGCCGUCGCCUUUAUGGCGGGGGAGUUCUCUAGAGAUGAAUUAUCUAUCACUGAUGCGUGUUACCUCCCUUUCCCGCGCUGGGAAGACGGACUGCAAUAUGAUUGGUCGAUGAUUCUCGCGAGCAUUCUGGGAUACAUCUCAAUCGUCUGCUUGACGACACAUAUUUGGCGACAAGGAAGUGACCGCAUGCAAAGAGAAGAAACAAUGUUCGUACAGCCAAUGUACUGCGGGGUGCUUCUAGAGCAAUCGCUGGUCCUUAACAGGCGCAGAGAUGAGGAGGACACGAAAGGAAGGGAUGUCAAGGUCGGUGCUAAAGAAACGGAACUGCCGAUUCCCGAGAACCUGGAAGAAUGGCAACCGGGCGAGGACGACUGGAGUCCGCUACGGACGGAGCAGACUCCCUUCAUUUACCUGUGCGCUACAUUGUGGCACGAGACAGAGAACGAAAUGAUCCAGAUACUCAAAUCCCUCUUCCGAAUGGAUGACGACCAGUGCGCACGUCGGAACUUACAGUUAUUCUUCGGUCUCCGGGAUCCGGACUACUACGAAUUUGAAGCUCAUAUUUUCUUCGACGACGCGUUCGAUUACGUUGACGGUAACUCGGUAGCUAACGGUUACGUCAAACAGCUGAUGAGGACUAUUGACGGAGCUAUAAGUUCCGUUCACACCUACGGAAUGAAAAUUCCUCCACCGUCGAAAAUCGACACACCGUACGGCGGACGUUUAAUAUGGCGGCUUCCGGGUGGGAACAAGAUGAUUGCGCAUCUCAAGGACAAAGCCAAGAUACGUCACAGGAAACGGUGGAGUCAGGUGAUGUAUAUGUACUACUUUCUGGCGCAUAAACUCUUGUCAAUGGGCGGAAGCAAGGAACGUAUAAAGACAAUUGCUGACAACACGUUUGUUUUGGCACUAGACGGUGAUGUCGACUUCCAGCCGUCUGCGUUACGUCUCCUGAUUGACCGCAUGAAACGUAACGCUAACGUUGGCGCAGCUUGCGGACGAAUUCACCCGAUAGGAUCAGGACCAAUGGUUUGGUAUCAAAAGUUCGAGUACGCCGUGAGCCAUUGGCUGCAAAAAGCCACCGAGCACGUGCUGGGCUGUGUCCUCUGCUCCCCCGGAUGUUUCUCCCUCUUCCGGGGUUCGGCGCUGAUGGACGAUAACGUCAUGAAGCGCUACACAACACCACCAACGGAGGCCCGGCACUACGUCCAGUAUGACCAAGGCGAGGAUCGAUGGCUGUGUACACUCCUCUUACAACAGGGCUACCGAGUGGAAUACUGCGCGGCGUCGGACGCCCUUACAUACGCACCGGAAGGUUUCUACGAGUUUUACAACCAGCGUCGCCGAUGGACGCCCUCCACCAUGGCCAACAUCCUUGACCUUCUACUCGACUUCCGGAACGUAACCAAGCGAAACAACGACAUCUCUAUGCUCUAUGUUAUGUACCAGAUGCUCCUGAUGAUAUCCUCCAUCCUCACACCGGGAACUAUUUUUCUCAUGGUCCUAGGGGCCAUAAAUAUGGCUUACCCGCAGCUGUCCCUUUACUGGGCUCUGGUGCUGAAUCUGGUCCCCGUUGCAGUGUUUAUUCUGCUAUGUUACGUGGCAAAGUCUGAUACACAGCUGGCGUAUGCGGCCAUUUUAUCCACUAUCUACUCGCUCGUGAUGAUGUUGGUGAUUGUGGGGCUUAUCAAACAGGCGGCGGACAAUGGCUUCUGCUCUGUGACAACCGUAUUCUUGCUCUUUGUGGCUGGAGUGUUCGUUAUAUCAGCGUUCAUUCACCCUCAGGAGUUUUGGUGCAUUCUCCACGGUUUCCUAUAUUUCCUGGCAAUCCCAUCAAUGUCCAUGCUGCUCAUGUUAUACUCCAUUGGCAACCUGCAUGUGGUCUCGUGGGGAACGCGAGAAACACCAAAGCCCGCCCAAGCCCAGAAGCCGGGGGAGGCUAGUAAACCGGUGGAGAAAAAGGGUGCGGUCGCCGAAUGGUUGGAGAAAAUCGGUAUUGCGGAUAAGGAGGGGAAAUCGGGAUACAGAUUUAGCUUCGGAAAUCUUUUCCGGUGCGUCUGUUGUCCCACAGACACCGGUGAUACAGGAGACAUGAAACUCAGCGCCAUCUUGGAUCGCCUAGACGAACUCGAGGCUAAAAUCGUUGAUCCUCCUGGAAGUCACGUGACUGGAAUGGAUUUCCGAGGCGAGAAAGAGGUUGACAACAAAACAUUUUCGGAAGUCUCGGAUAUGUUCGAAGGUGCUAAGGAUAGAGUGAACCCUUUGUUUGAAGACGACGCAGGUGGCCCAAAGAUGAAUCGCAGUUGGCUCGAGGACGCAGACUUUAAAAAGAGCGCACAGGAGUACAUUAAACCGGAUGAGACGAAAUUCUGGGUCGAGUUAAUCGCCUCGUAUUUGUUUCCUUUGGAAGAAGACAAGAAACAACAGGCUAAAACAAAGGAAGAGCUGCUUGAGCUUAGGAAUACGGUGUGCCUAUUUUUCCUGCUGGUGAACGCCCUAUUCGUCACAAUUGUGUUCUCCCUCCAACAAGUGAACUCGGACAGUGGCGGUUCCAUUGCUAUUGAGCUUCCUUGCGCGGAUGGCGCAAAAGGGGAGGCUAUCGAGCCCAUCAGCAUUGCAUUUACUGCGGUCUUCGGUGUACUAUUGCUCAUCCAGUUCCUGUGUAUGUGCGUACAUCGGAUGUCGACAUUCCUCCAAAUACUUUCCAUCACGGAGGUGAAUGUCCGCUCACCCCGCCAGGUCUCCUCCGAUGAAAGGGAGAUCACCGUGGAAAAGGGGCUGCAACUCGUAAAGAACAUGCAGGCUCUUAAAGACGACGACGUCAAGUCAAUGGCAUCUGUGGACGCCAGUGUGGCGGAAGGAGAACAGCGUGACGCCGAAGAGACUGACGUCGUCGGCCAGAAUGACGGCACGGACCCCCGGAAAAACCUCUGGGCAAAACUUGCCCGCCGACGACGAGAGCAGCAGUAUAGUACGCUGAGCAACAAUUUCAUGCGAAACUUCAAAAAACUACAGCGGCACAUGGAAGACACGGAAAUGAGUUCCAACAUGAACCUGACCGCCGGAAAUACCCUCCGCGUGCCAGCUUUCUCUUUUUCACCAACGGAAGAGGACGUCACGGAGAGGAAGACCGUCAGACGGAAGUUCAAUCGAUUUGACUGGAAGAGCGUCUCCACCAUUGUUCAGAUGUCCAAGGAUCCGAGAAUCAAGCAGUCCAUUUUGAAGCGCGGUAACGUCGUGGCCAAACGCUGGCAGAGAGCCGCUCUUCGUGCAAAGAUUCAGAACGCGACGGACGGCGCAGACGGUGGCGGCUAUGCGGUUCCCCGCAAGGUGACGAUUGCGGAUAUUGCGCAGCUGGCGGUCGUCGACAAUGAAAGCAAUGCUCCAUCGGAGACGGAGUCCGAGGGUGAAGUUAUACAGCAAACGACUUUUUAACGCGUUCCUUUAUCGGGGCAUAUUUCAAACUUUUGUCUAACUUACAGGCCAAAAAAAAGUGUCAUUUAAAUUGCUUAAAUGUAUUUCAUAAAAACAGUUAGCAUUUCCGUCCUAUACUUUUAGUUCUAUCACUCUUCCAGAGCGUAUUCUUUAGU